CACCGAAGUCACACUCACAGGAAACGAUGCCCGACGCUAUCGAUUCUCCAGCCAAUCGUGGCACGCCUUGACCUAUCUCCCCCUCUUAUUGGGUGAGCGGGAGUGCGACGAGACGGAUGUUGUCGUUUUUGCAAGGGGCCAAGCCGUCAAGAUGGCGGCUAGUGGCGGGGAGCUUGGAGGUGUAUUUGAUCACCAUGUCCAGAGGGCUGUAUGCGACACGCGGGCCAAGUAUCGGGAGGGGCGACGGCCUCGUGCUGUCAAGGUAUAUACAAUCAAUUUGGAAUCUCGGUACUUGUUAAUACAAGGAGUUCCUGCAGUGGGAGCGAUGAAGGAAUUAGUUGAGCGAUUUGCUUUGUAUGGUGCAAUUGAACAAUAUAAUGCUCUAGAUGAAUACCCAGCAGAAGACUUUACAGAAGUUUAUCUUAUUAAAUUUAUGAAUCUACAAAGUGCAAGGACAGCCAAGAGAAAAAUGGAUGAACAGAGUUUCUUUGGUGGAUUGCUUCACGUGUGCUAUGCUCCAGAAUUUGAAACAGUUGAAGAAACUAGAAAAAAAUUACAGGAGAGGAAGGCUUAUAUAGCAAGAACUACUAAAAAUAAAGAUCAUUACGUGACAAAGAAGAAACUGGUUACGGAGCUUAAAAACACACAAGAUUUUAGACAGGACUUCCAUUCAGAGACCUCUGGAUGUGCAGCCACUUUGAACACUUCUACUGGCAACUCAGAUCCUUGUCUUCCUUAUUCUUGUGAAUUGCCUUUAUGUUAUUUUUCCUCGAAAUGUACAUGUUCAUCAGGGGAGCAUAUGGACAGGGCAUCAAACUUCUCUCAGGAUGGUAGAAACCAUGAAGAAACAUUGGAGCGUUGUAUGCACAGUGACUCUUUGCAGAAAAUACGGGUGAAACCGUUUAAAAAUUCAUCGGCCUGCCCUGGCGCACAGAAGGCUAUUACUUCUUCAGAGGCAGUUGACAGAUUUAUGCCUAGGACAACACAACUGCAGGAGCGGAAAAGAAGAAGAGAAGAUGAUCGUAAAAUUGGAACUUUUCUUGGAACAGGCACGAGUAGUAAUGAGGUUAUGAUUGGGCCUCUGUUACCAGACUUACCCAAAGUGGAUAUGCACGAUGACUCGUUGAACACGACAGCAAAUUUAAUUCGGAAUAAACUUAAAGAGUUUUUCGAUGUGUUUUUCUACAGUUCCUGUUGAAUUAACUGAAUCUGACGAACAGAAAAGUAUGUGCUUUGAUAUCAUUAGCCUUUGCUUUAAACAGUGAGCAGAACAGGGGCGCCUGGGUGGCUCAGUCAAUUAAGCAUUUGACUCUUAAUUUCAGCUCAGGUCAUGAACUCUUGGUACAUGAGUUUGAGCCCUGCAUCAGGCUCUCUGCUGUCAGCAAGGAGCCUGCUUUGGAUCCUCUGUCCCCUUCUCUCUGCUCAUCCCCCACUUGUUCUCUCUGUCUCAAGAAUAAACAUUAAAAAAAUGAACGGAACAUAUUCUAUGUCAUUCUAGAUAUAAAACAUAAAAGCAGUGGUUUCAGUCCGUGAGAUCAAUCUGUGAAAGUGGAGCCCAGGCCCUCUCUUUUUAAAGCUCCCCAAAUGGCUCUGUUAUGAGACAAAGUACAGAAUUAUUGUGUUGAAGGAAAACUUUUUCUCAAGUUCAGUGUUCUUACAAAUUACAUCAAAAUGGUUUUUGCUUCUUUGAUAAAGAUAGCCAUAGAAUGAGGUGAGAUUAUUCUAAAGACUAGGCCCUAAGGUCUGCAUUUCAAAAUGUAAACUUCUUAAAUAGAUUACAACUCAACUGUCCUAAUUAAGUACUAAUUUUUUUACAUAUUUACAUAAUCAUUUUCCAUUUUCUAAGCACAAAUAAAAGAAAGCUAACGUUUGAGUUAGCUUUUGAAAGAUAGCUUUUUGUGGGGUAAACCUUUUAUAAAUCAAACUGAGGGAAAGGAACCUUCUUUUAAACUUUAACUCUGAGGAUCAGAAAGUGCUUUUCACGCAGUUGUAAAUGUAUUUUACAAUGUGAUUAAGGGAAUCUAAGAUAGCUUCAUUUAUUUUAUGUAUAUGUUUUUACCUGAAAAUUACUAUUUGAUUAAGGAUGAAGGCUUAUGUUAUAAUAUUAAAAGUCUGUGAACACAA